AUGUACGUGAUAGUUGCGCACGCAUUGUCCGGAGCAAUCAAUCGCCUUGACUUGACCACGGCAUUCCUCUACUCUGGGUCUCCGCAUCACGACCAUGACCAUGACCAUGACCAUGACCAUGACCAUGAACAUGACCACAAGGUGGCCACAUACACGACCUUUGCGGCGACUCGCUUUCUGGCGCGUUUGACGGAGCACCAGCAGGUCGCCUCGAAGCAGCCAGCCUUCUUGCUCGCCUAUAGAUUUCCAUCUGCUAUCCUCGUCCUAUUCUCGUCCUCCCAGCCGUUAGAUUACUUACUUGCAGCUGCAUCAAAAUUCUCUCCCGCGACCCGUUCCCCACGUCUGACACUGGCGCUCCAUCUGCCAGAUAAUGCUGCUUCCAAUGGCAUGGCUUGGCCAUAUCCCUCGCUCCUGACGCUGAGGGCCAAACGUCAGAAAACAUAUCAACUUACUGCAGUGACCCCACCAGGCUCCAAGACGUGGCCCAUGGCGCGCAUAUUCUGCAACGGGAUCACACCGAUAAUCCAAUAAUCCCCUGGUAACAUGGCAGAGACGAGACCCUGCUGACUGGUUUCCGAUGCUUGCCUGUCGGAUACUCAUCCGUACGGUGCUGCAGGACUACGAAAUGCGCAGUACAGAGACUCAACUUCCUGUCCUUUUCAGUUACAGAUUAUGUACUCUAUACACGACAGGUUUCGGGCAUCGGUUUACCAUGGGGACACAAGGCUGGGGCUGGGGAUCUGAGAUGAGGAGAUGUGGUUUGCGCACGAGCUAUGCAGAUGAAAGAGAAACGGGCUGGGUUGGGAGCAUGAAAACGGGUCCCGAGUCAAUCUUUAAUGGUUCAAUGGCUCAGGGAAAUCCACGGUAUCAAGGACUGUACGGUGGCUGGAUGUGAGAUCUGAGGGAUUCAUGUUAUGUUCUCCUCGCGGUCCUCGCUACCGAUCACGAGGGCGCUGCAGUUGAACAGCAU